CCACCACACCCUCGCCCGCGGCCUCAGCGCACCUCAUCUCUGCACGGCGUCGCAUGCUCGCCGCACCCGUCUCCAUGCCUGCCGCCUGCGCCGCUCGCCUCUCCAUCGCCUGCGCCUCCUUCGCGCUCGCCCAAUAACGUCUGCCGCGUGGCGCCGCGCGCCUCUCUUCUCCAGCAUGGCCGUCGAGGUGGUGCACACCGACGUGACGCAGAUCUCCAUCUCCUACGUCAUCCUCGGCUGCUUCAUCGUCGUCUAUGGUCUCUUCUCCUACUUUGUCAAGGAGCGUCUCUACCUGAGCGAGGCCCUGGCGAGCGUCGUCAUCGGCGUCGUCGUGGGGCCCUAUGCGCUCGACUUCAUCGAUCCGCGCCAGUGGGGCGACGCCGCACGCACGGGAGAGAUUACGUACGAGCUCACCCGCCUCGUCAUUGGCGUGCAGGUGCUGCUGAGCGGCAUUGCUCUGCCCAAGGCAUACCUGCGCAAGGAGGCCCUCUCGCUCACCGUGCUGCUCGUCGGCGUCAUGACUGCGGCGUGGCUCAUCUCCGCCGCCCUCAUCCUCGCCCUCUUCCAGCCCCUCUCCUUUCUCGAAGCUCUCUGCAUCUCCGCCGCCAUCACACCCACCGACCCGGUGCUAGCCGCAUCCAUCACCAAGGGCCGGUACGCCGAGAAGCACGUGCCCAGCAAUGUGCGCAACCUGAUCGUAGCCGAGAGCGGCGCAAACGACGGGCUCGGCUUUCCGUUCAUCUACCUCGCCAUCUAUCUCAUGCGCCGCACGAGCGUCGAUGCGAGCGAGAGCGUGGGGAUGGAGGUGUGGCGAUGGCUCUACGGCGUCGUCAUCUAUCAGAUCCUUCUCUCGUGCGUCUGGGGAGCACUGCUCGGCUAUCUGGCGCGCAAGACGCUCCGCUGGGCCGAGGCCAAAGGUCUGAUCGAUAAGGAGAACUUCUUCGCGUACGGCCUCGGUCUCGCUCUCCUCGUGCUCGGCACCACGGGCCUGUUUGGCUCCGACGACGUGUUGGCGUGCUUCGUGGCAGGCAACAGCUUCACGUGGGACGACUACUACCGCAUCCGCACGCACGAGGAGGAGACGGAUGCGUUCCAAGACAUUCUCGACGCGCUGCUCUCCUCUGCCGCCUUCAUCUACGUCGGCGCCAUCAUCCCUUGGAACGCCUACAACACGGGCGCCCAGGAGCUCGGCAUCGCUCCGUGGCGCGUCGUAGUGCUGGGCCUGGGCGUGCUAUUGCUGCGGCGUCUGCCUGCCGUGCUGCUGCUGCACAAGCUCAUCCCCGCCCUGACGACGUGGGACGAAGCGCUCUUCACGGGCUGGUUCGGGCCCAUCGGCGUCUCGGCAGUCUACUACAUCGAGAUUGCACAUCGCCAGGUGCCGGCCGACGGCAGUCGGGAGCGUUUGAGAGCGCUGUAUGAGCCGCUGGUGCUCUUUCUCGUCUUUGCAAGCGUCAUGGGCCACGGCACCACGAUUCCCAUCUCCAAGCUCGGCCCGCACAUCGUCCGUCGCACUGCCACCAUAACGCAGACGCGCUCCAUGACGCAGAGUCGCCCGCCGUCGAGACGACCGACGAUCGCUGCUCCUGCUGGCGAAGCAGCGGAGCCGUCGAGGACACAAGCGAAGGCCUCGAAAGGCCUCUUUGAGCGACUCUUUGGCUUUGCAAGCACGCCCCAGACGCGCGUGGUCCAGGCGAAGGACAUUGGCGCGCCCAGCGGCGCGCGACGACAGCGCGAAGUGAGCGCGAGGGGCGAGGAGGGCGAGGCUGAGGGACAGGCGAAGCUGGAGCAGCAAGAGGAGUCGAGCGGCAGCAGCGACGAGAUUGCGCUCGAGGAACGCUCGGCGACGGCCACGCCCGCUCCUGCUGCCGCAACGUCAAGCUCGACCGUCGCCGGCGCCGCCUCGCGCUCCGCGUCGCCGAAGCGCAGAGCACCCGCGCAGCCCCUGACGCUGCCCACGACGCACCGGCGCAGCGGCGGCCCCGCCGAGAUGCGUGACACAAGCAACGCAGGCUCGUCGCCCCUCUCCUCUGCGCCCGGCACGCCGCUCGCGUCCGUGCCCGGCACGCCGCAGCGCCCCGCAGCCGCGGCAAGGGACGGCAGCAUCCUGCGACACGCUGGCAGCGCCAGUGGCAGCGGCAUUCUGGCGCAUGUAGAGCAUGCACUCUCCGAUGAGCUACGCAGAGAGAGACAGGAGGCGCUGGGCGAGAGAGGCAUUACCUGGGGCGAGACCGAGGGAGCGAAGGAGAAGGAAUGACAGGCCGGGCCUGGCGCCUCGAGAGGAAGUCUACGGUAGCGCAGUGCAAUGCAACAUACAUGGUGUCUGCGACGCAUGACCACAGCAUGAGGCUAGGUUCCCGCGCUCUGCAGCUUCUGGAUCGCUGCAUGCAUCGCUCACUACUGCACACCGCUCUUCGAGGGCAAGCAGGCUCGGCCGUGGAAGAGGG